AGAUCAAUCACAAUUUAUUUUUUCCUUUUAUCUUAUGCAGCAAAGUUCGCUUUGUAUAAGAGUCUAUCUAAGAUUUGAAUUUGACAUUAGAUGAUGGUGAUAUGACCAAGAGUUGUAUUUUUUUGGAACUCGUUCUGGUUUUGCCCGAUGUUAUUUUGUGCGAUCGGACUCAGUUUGCGGGCUCGAGCAAGCGUAAACACACGUGGUCUCAGAAAGCAAGAUGGCGAAAAGUAUUCGAUCAAAAGCAAAGCGUAAAUUACGGGCUGCAAAACGUGAAAAAAUUGCCGCUAAAGAAAGAUUAAAGUUGUUAGCAAUACAGGAGGAAGAAGGGGGAGUUAAAAUGGUUGAAGAUCCAGCAGAACACAACGAAGAAGACAAUAAUAUUCCAGCUUCUUCAGGAGAUGUUGAUGAAACCAUGGAUGUUCAAUCUGUUAAAAAGGCAAAGAAAAAGAAACUAAAGAAAUAUAAAUCUAGUUCUGGUGGGAAAAAUAUCAAGAGACUAAAGAAAAAUAUGAAAAAGUACAAGUGGUAGAGGUGAACACUCAGGCAUGCAGUAAGUUAUUGCAAUUCAGAAUUUAAAAUUAACUCAGAAUUAUAGUUAAUUCAGAAUAGAAUGAUCAAGGUGAUCAUACGGAAAUGUAAAUACAUGAUCAAUCUCACACUCAAGCCAAAUUGAUUUGAGUUCUGGUUACAUAAAUUCCCGAUAUUAACCAGCAUACUGGGAUACUGCCAGAGGGAUAUAUCAUAUAUUAGUCUUGCAUAUUUUACAAAGUGUAAAAAAUGUAAUCUUUGUAAGGUCCUCGAAUCAAGAAUUUUAAAUUACCAGUUUGAAACAAUUUUGUUCAGUACAUGUUGAAAACCUAGGACAAACAGUGCAUUAAAAUUAAAAAUCUAAAUUUUAUAAGUUGUGAGAUUUUCUUCGUGAAUUCUACGAGUGCAAAGUCCUGGGGCUGGUUGUAUAAAAACAUAGUUAACUUUUAACUAUAGUUAGUGACAUAAUUGACCAAUCAGAGUCAUGUAUUUCUGAGUUAACUACGCAAAAUGUAGUUAAGAGUUUUAUACAACUGGCCCCUGUCAAAGACUUAUCACUUUUGCAGACUUGUUUGCCGAAGAAACACUGUGUUAAUCCAUACUAAUUCCUCCUAAUUGACUGGCAAACAUAAGCAAACAUUCAAGGGGGUAUAACACAUAUGAUAGAUGGAUUUAACUUGAAGAUGGAUCUGCUAAAGGUGAUGUGAAAAUGGCAAAUAAAAUGUGCAUCGCCCCAAUAUUUAAUUCCCAUUUUUUCAUGUCCUGUCAAAAUGUUCCUUUAAAUCAGCCAAAUAUUUUAUGAACUUGCAUUUGCAACUUGACUUGACUGUUGUGCUGAGGU